CACCUAGUAAGUAAUACGAGAUACAUUAAAAAGUGAAAUACUGUAGAUAUGUUAUCAAAAAAUGUAACUCAAAGCUAGAAGCAUCAGAAUGUCUAGAAAGGUAGUUCUAACCUUAAAUAUGACUGGGCAAAGUGCCAAGAAUAGGAGAGCCAUCUAUUCCAUAGUACACUAGAACACUGCAAACGUGGACAAUAACAGUCCAAACAUAGCUGAGGGCUAUAGUACAAAAUGUCCAGUAGAUGGCAGAAAAGAGACCAAUCACGACCCGACAGGAAAGUUUCAUUUUCGUUUAUCUGGCAAAUUCAGCUGGCUAGUUCAGCCAACAGAAACGCCCUGCUCAAACAUACUUUCCAACACAACACUAGAACUCUUCUAAGUCAAGCUGCAGGGAUGGCGCAACACGAGCAGAGCGCAGCCUCUUUCCCCGAGCACAUCCGCAAGAAACGGAACGGGGAACAGCUGAGCGCUGGGGAGAUCCGAGACUUCGUUCAGGGUGUCAAGGACAAGACCAUCCAAGAGAGUCAGAUUGGAGCCAUGCUGAUGGCAAUCUGGCUGCAGGGAAUGGUAGCAGAGGAGACUCUCGCACUGACGAAGGAGAUGAUGAUGUCAGGGGAAGUGAUGUCAUGGCCGGCAGAGUGGGAGGGGCUAGUGGUGGAUAAACACUCGACGGGUGGAGUGGGGGACAAGAUCAGCCUGGUGCUGGCUCCUGCUCUGGCUGCCUGCGGCUGCAAGGUACCCAUGAUAAGUGGCAGAGGUCUGGCGCACACAGGCGGCACGCUGGACAAACUGGAGUCCAUCCCUGGCUUUAACGUCUAUCAGUCAGUACAACAGCUGCAUGGAAUCCUGGAGGAGGUUGGCUGUUGCAUUGUAGGACAGACAGAUAACCUGGUGCCUGCUGAUAAGGUCAUGUACGCUCUGAGAGACGUUACGUCUACAGUCGACAGCCUCCCACUCAUCACAGGCUCUAUCAUCUCUAAGAAGGGUGCUGAGUCUCUGAAUGCGUUGGUUCUGGAUGUGAAGUUUGGGAAUGCAGCUCUCUACAAAGACCUGGGCAGUGCCAAGUCACUGGCCCAGUCCAUGGUGACAGUUGGGAACAGUUUGGGGAUCCGUACGGGGGCGGUGCUUAGUCGUAUGAACUGUCCUAUUGGUCGCUGUGUGGGGAACACUCUGGAAGUGAUGGAGUCCCUGGAGUGUCUAAAGGGGAGGGGGCCAGACGACAUACUGGAGCUGGUCACAAGUCUGGGUGGGCUGCUGUUGUGGAUGGUUGGCCGUGCAGGGAGCCUGGAGGAGGGUAAAAAGGUGAUCUCUACAACCCUGCAGAAUGGUGCAGCCCUGGAAAAGUUCCAGAACAUGAUGAUUGGUCAGGGAGUAACCAGUCAGAUCGCUGCAUCACUCUGUUCAACCAACACAGACUACUACAGCAUCCUGAGACGGGCACACUACCAGACAGAACUGGAGACACAGGGCCACGGGACAGUGCUGGAUAUAGACGGCAUGGUCAUUGCUCAGGUGCUGCACAUUGGGGCGGGACGUUCGAAGGCCGGAGACCCUGUCAAUCACAGCGUGGGGGCGGAGCUUCUGGUGUCUUUGGGACAGAAGGUGGAGAAAGGGCAGCCAUGGCUGCGUGUCCACUACGAGACUCCGGCGCUGAGCGCAGAGCAGAGACUCAGUCUCCAAGGGGCGCUGACACUGGGGCCCGCCGACCAGCUACUGACACAGCCACUAGUGGCAGAAAUCAUACUGCCAUAGUGACACAAAUCCACUCUAUGUUAAAGCUUGACUGGGAGAUGACAGGCCUUUGGGAAUCUCAGUGUUUUAUUUUUAAAGGAUGUAUAGUUCAGAACUAAAGGCCUGUGUCUCCUGCUCUUUACUCUCAAAGUCCUCUCUGAACCACCCAUAUAAAGUCACAAGAUUCUGUGGAGACUGAAUAGAUGUUAACCGUUUCCAGUAACUGUUAUGAAUCACAGGAUUGUUAUGCAGAAAAACACACAUUAAGCCAAGACAGAUGUGUGUGUGUGUGUGGUGUGUGUGUGGGGAUUUUCCUUUUUGGUUUGUCUCAGCAUGAACUCAACAGAUUCUUCCAAAACAAAAACGAUACUGCUUUCCACGAUGCUUCUAAAUAUGAAUACACAUGUCCACACAUCUCUAUUAUAAUACAAAUAAAAGAACAAAAUGUUUGGCCCGUAUGGCCCUAACAACCUGGUAACUUUAAUAUUAUGCAAACAUUUGGUGGCACAGAAAGAAAGGAAACAUUACAGAAAGAAAGGAGAUAUUACUGCACUGUUGGAGCUAGGAACACAAGCAUUUCACUACUCACUCACAUAUCUGCUAAAUAUGUGUAUGUGACAAAUACAAUUUAGUUUGAUUUGAUUUGUAAAGGAUAUCAUAAAGGCCCAAUGUAGGCUGCAUCUAAAUCAAUAUAAAAAAUAUUUUGCAAAUGUAUUGAAAGUUAAAUACAGAAAUCAAAUUUACAUAAGUAUUCACACCCCUGAGUCUAUACUUUGUAGAAGCACCUUUGGCAGCGAUUACAGAUUUGCGUCAUCUUGGGUUUGUCUGUAUCAGCUUUACACAUCUGGAUUUGGGGGUUUUCUCCCAUUCUUCCUUUUCUCAAGCUCUGUUCUGUUCUCAAGCUCUGUUAAAUUAGAUGGGGAGCAGUGAAAAACAGCAGUCUUUAUGUCCUUCAAUCCACAGAUUUUCAAUGCUUUCAAGUCUGGGCUUUAGGUGGGCCACUCAAGGACUUUCACAUUCUUGUUCUGAAGUCAUCCCAGCAUUGUUUUGGCUGUAAGCUUAGGGUCAUUGUCCUGUUGGAACGUAAAUCUUUGCCUCAGUCUAAAGUUGUUUGCACUCUAAAGCAGGUCAUCAUCAAGGAUUUGCCUGUAUUUGGAUCCAUUCAUUGUUCCCUCUAUCCUUGCCAGUCUCCCAGUCCAUACAGCUGAAUAGCAUCCCCAUAGCAUGAUGCUGCCACCAGGCUUCACUGUAGGGAUGGUGUUUGACGGGUGAUGAGCUGUGCCUGGUUUUCUCAACUUGGUCUCAGAGCAUUUCGUAUUAUUUUGUGUGUAUAUAAAACCAAAACACUCCAUUUACUAUGAUAUGUAACAUUUUGUAUGGUAUCUUAAUUUGUGGAUGUCCAUUAUCCAUUUUUAAUGAUAUGUUAUGAAUAACAAUUCACACGAUAUGUUGCGAAUUUGUUAAGCGUAUCAUAUGUCACAAAUUACAAUUUGUUGUUGCUAACAGCUAGGUGGCUAAUGCUAACUAGCUCUAGGGGUUAAGGUUAGUGGAAGGGUUAGCUAAAAGGAUUAGGGGAAGGGUUAGCUAACUUGAUAAGUAGUUGCAACGUAAUUAAAAAGUAGUUACAAUGUUGCUAAUUAGCUAAAAGUUGCUAAAGUGUUCCGUGAUGAGAUUCAAACACACAACCUUGGGGUUGCUAGACAUUUGUGUUAUACGUCCACUCAUCCACCCCGACCAACCACCCUACUUUUGUUUUGCCUUAAGUAACCUGUUUUAUGUAACCAUUAUGGAGAAAAUUAUUGAAUUACCUACUAUGUUGUUUAAUUGAACAUACUAUGCUCUUUUUACUUGGAGAAUUAUCCAUUGUUAUAUUUUAGUAUCGGCUUGUCUUGUGUGACUUAGUCAUGGGUCUGGGCAUACAGAUAAGAGCCUUUUGGUUUCGACUGUAGUAUGUGACAUCCUGUUUUAACAAUCUACAGGAACUUAGAUGUGUGGAAACUGUAAGGGAAAUAUUACCUAUUUACCUGCUUUGUUGAAUAUUGAUCGUUGAAUUAUAUGCUUAACAAUAGUAAGAGAUUUUCAUAACUACAAAUGCUGGAAAACAACACCCAGUGAACAUAACCACAAGAUGAACCCAAGAUAGUUUAUGAUGCCCCGAUCUGCAUGGGAGGGGUGGAACCAGCCAUGACAAUUUUUUUUAGGUCUGCUAUAUAGGACCUCUGUUUUUUCUGUAUUAUUGAGGUCUCAGCCUUACACUCAAGAGUGUGGGGUCGACCAGCUUCAUUAUUGCAAUUCUUAGUAAAUAAAGAUGAUCGUUUGAAGAAA